AUGACAGAGUCUCUAUCGGUCACUUUGGAAGCGCUGCAACUGCAAAGGGCAGCGCAAGUGAACAUGGCAGACUCGGCAUCCGUGAAAGGAAGCGCACGAAUUGCCCAGAAGCCCAAGAAUUUCUUUGGCUACUUCGUGAUUUAUGCCCAAGCUACUCCAACCAAGUUCGACAUCGCGCUGCUCAUUACCGGCUUGAUCUUUGCCAUUGCCUCUGGUGUCCCAUUUCCUCUGCUGGGCAUUAUAUUCGGCCAGCUCAUCGAUGACUUCAACUCAGAGACAUGCAAUGCCUCAGCCACGACACCGGCAAGCCCUGCCGAGGCCGCGUUCUUUGACGACCUUCCAUCCGGCGAAGUCUUAUCGCGACUGAACGGCGAUAUCCAGACCAUCCGCUCGGGCACCUCGGAAAAAGUAGGCAUCUGUAUCUCCAGUGUCUCGUUCUUCGUGACUUCGUAUGUGGUGGCUUUCAUAAAGGAUGCAAAACUGGCGGGCAUCUUGGUCUCCCUGGUUCCAGCAUAUUUUAUCAUGUCCCUCGUGGGAGGCUGGUUUAUUGAGAAAUACUCGCGACACAUGUCGAACUGUUUCGCAGCUGCUUCAUCGAUUGCCUCGGAGGGUUUGUCGAACGUUGUAGUCGUGCAUGCCUUCAACGCCAAUGAUCGACUGGAGAAUAAGUUCACGGCUCAUCUGCGCAGAGCGAGAAACGAAUGCCUGAAAAAGGCCUUGGCUACCGGUGUGCAGGCCGGCCUGAUGUAUUUCAUCGCCUAUGCGGCCAAUGCUCUGGCCUUCUGGCAGGGCAGUCGCACAAUUGCCGAUACCGUGGCAAAUAACAGUCAUGGAACCUCGGUUGGAUCAAUUUUCACGGUUAUCUUCAUUUUGGUUGAUGCAACACUUGUUCUCAGCCAGGUCGCACCUUUUCUGCAGAUAUUUGGCGCAGCAUCUGCGGCAUUCACCAAAUUGAAGCAAGACAUGGAUCGCCAGUCUGUAAUUGACGGUACAUCAAAUUCGGGGAUCCCACUUCCUCCUUCCACUGCGGGCCACUUCGAGCUGCGAAAUGUCUCGUUUACAUAUCCUUCGCGCCCAGAACGACUAGCUCUCCGUAACGUCUCUCUAGAAUGCCCAGCCGGAAAGCAAACUGCUAUUAUCGGUCUUUCCGGCAGUGGAAAAUCAACGAUCGCAAGCUUGAUGCUUCGGUUGUACGAUGCCACCGAAGGAUCGAUGCUGCUGGACGGUCAGGAUGUGCGAGACCUCAACACGCGCCAACUGCGGAGCUGUAUUGCAAUAGUGCAACAGGAGGCAACGCUACUUGAUCGGUCAAUCUUGGAGAAUAUCGCCCAUGGCCUCGUCAACUCGGCCUCUCCCGCACACGAUCAUCUUCAUGCCACAUUAGUAGGCCCUCGGCUUGCUGCAGUGGCUGCUGCAAUUCGCAAUGGCCAACAGGCUUCCGACGCUGCCCAGGCCCAUGGAUCCGAGGUGGUGGAGAUUGUCGAGAUGGUUCAGCAUGCGGCAACGCUCGCAGACGCUGCGCGCUUUAUUGAUAACCUGUCGGAAGGCCUCGGUACUAUAGUAGGAUCCAACGGCACCUUGCUAAGCGGUGGCCAGAAACAGCGAAUUGCCGUUGCGCGAGCACUGGUGAAGGACCCCAAAGUUUUGAUCCUGGACGAAGCCACAGCCUCUCUUGAUUCCAAAAGUGAAAAGGAGAUCCUGGCAGCUGUGAGCCGCUGCUCCGAGGGAAGGACAAUGAUCUCUAUUGCGCACCGUCUCUCGACAAUUCAAAAGGCAGACAAGAUUAUUGCCAUGCGGGAUGGAGAGGUAGUGGAAGAAGGAAACCACUCCGAGCUCAUGGCCAAGCAGGGUGCUUAUGCCGGUCUUGUCCAGAUGCAGAAUCUCAACACUCAACCGUCUGAAGGUACUAAUUCCAGUUCGAUUGAUAUCAAUCAGUCCGAGCAAUCCAGGAAUGAAAGUCCCAUGGAGCUCGCCAAGAGCAAGAGUAAGGAGCUCGUCUCUAUUGACGCCAGCGAGAAACCACCAACAUCACCGUCUUCAGAAGAUCGCUCCCAAAAGCCAAAAAAGGAGUCUGUCUGGAGCCUUGCCAGUGGCAUGUUUCCCAUUAUGCGCCCCCAUCUGCUCAUCGCAUUCCUGGCCCUCAUCGGCGCAAGUAUCGUUGGCGCUGCCUUUUUAGCCGAGGCAGUGAUCUUUGGCAACACAGUCGGCAGCCUGACCCCAUGUGAAACGCCUGAAUAUAUUCGUUCCCGUGGGAACUUUUUCGGCUUGAUGUUCUUCGUGCUGGCUAUUAUCGAAUUCUUCGCCAAUAUCGUUAUCUGGGUGGGCUUUGGGUUGGUGGCUGAAAAGUCUAUCUACACAAUCCGCUCGGAGAGUCGUACGCCAACCGGACUACUGGGAUACAUCACGAACGAUGGCAAUCAGAUUGCGGGCCUCAGCGGCUCGGUCAUCGGCAUCAUAUUCUCGAUCUGUAUCAACCUUGUCGUGGCUGUGAUCAUGACACUGAUUAUUGCCUGGAAAAUAGCCCUGGUCUGUAUCGCUGUCGUACCUCUUCUUCUCGGCGUGGGUGUGAUGCAGCUCCACGUCCUGGCUCAGUUUGAAGAGCGCCACAAAAACGCAUUCAACCAAUCCGUCAGUAUUAGUGUGGAAGCAAUCAACUCCAUCCAGACAAUUGCUUCUCUGUCACUUGAGAAUGAAACCCUGGCCGUUUAUCGUCGCACGCUUCACGGCCCCCGACGAGAAACCACCGCGAUCAGUCUGCACGCCAACCUCUGGCUAGGAUUGGCAUAUUUCCUCGGAAAUCUGUCUUACGCACUGGCCUUUUGGUGGGGCUCAAAGCAGAUCUUUAACGGGACGUAUAGCCAGACUCAAUUUAUUAUUGUGAUGUUUGCGCUGCUGGUGAGCGCCCAGCUCUGGAGCCAGAUGUUUGCGCUGGCCCCUGAGGUAUCUAAUGCUCGAGCUGCGGUGGCAAGAGUUCUCGGCAUCCUGGAGAUUGGAUCCUCUGGUGCAACCGGAGCCUCAAUGCAUGAAGCCACGACCGCAAAGGAUAUUGAGGCUUUCGGGACGACUAGAUCAGUCGCCGCAAAUGCGCAAGGCGGUAUGGACGUCGAGCUCCGCGAUGUCAACUUCUCCUACCCAGCGCGCCCCCGCGCACCUGUGCUGCGAGGACUGAAUGUCCAUGUCCGCCCCGACCAAUUCUGCGCGUUGGUUGGACCCUCAGGGGCCGGGAAAUCAACCAUCAUCUCCUUGGUGGAACGCAUGUACCUCCCGAUCUCGGGGGCAAUUCUUAUCGAUGGAACAGACAUCACGCACCGCAGCGAUAUCUCUUUCCGAGACAACAUCGCUUUGGUCCCGCAAGAGGGGGUGCUUUUCGAGGGCAGCGUGCGGUUCAAUGUGUCACUAGGCGCCCGUCCCGGUACCGAAGUGUCCGACGAAGAGAUUGUGCAAGCCUGCAAGCUGGCCAACAUUCAUGACACUAUUGCCAGUCUCCCACAGGGCUACGAUACCCCGUGUGGUGCCAAUGGUAGUAUGCUUUCUGGUGGCCAGAAGCAGCGUCUGGCUAUUGCGCGUGCGCUGGUACGCAAGCCCGGACUGCUGAUCUUAGAUGAACCUACUAGCGCCCUGGAUGCUGAGUCGGAGAAACUCCUGCAGGAGGGACUGGAGGUGGCGUCGCGAGGUAUCAGUGUCUUGGCCAUUGCGCACCGACUGCACACUAUUCGCAAGGCUGAUACCAUCUAUCUGAUUGAAGGGGGUGUUUGUGUUGAUGCGGGCACUCAUGAUGAGUUGUUUACCCACUCUGAAAGCUAUCGCACCAAUGUGCUCAGUCAGACAUUUGGAGGAUGA